AUGACGUUCCAUUUCUCCACCUGCAGACGGACUAGGGAUGCUUCGAGGGCUCACGUUGCCGUGUCUGGAAGUGGUAUUCAGCACACUUCCGCGUCUACAAACCCUAUCCAUGAACACCUUGACCGCCGCUACUACUCUCCGUUAUCAUCACCGGGAGGGACCCAAGGCGUUCUUGGCACCCUAACGUACGGGCAUGCUCCGUGGAUUUCGGGCUCUUCAUCGGUCGGCACCUCGCCAGUGAGCUCUCAAGGCAGUGUCUCAUCCAAUAUGCACAGUACAUCUUCACUCGACACUCUAACGACAUGCCAUAGGUACGCCAUUCAGGAAGUCAAAUUUGAGAUCCUGGUCCAAUUGAUGGAUUCUUCGCUACGGAGAAUGAUGAGUGACUACAGACCGGUCAGACCCGGAGGUGUUAUCGUUUCAAGCGAUGCUGGCUGCCCGAAACUUGCUGCCAUAUCCCCUGCUUUGUUCAGCCCCGGUUAUGUCAAGGUACAGUCCACCAUUGAAUUGCAUGACGUUGCUGAUGGUCUGAUACCAGGCGGUUUCGCAGCGUACCGGGUUACUUCCCACGAUAGCACGCGAUUACAAGAAUUAUCUCUUAGUAGCUAUUUGGAUCAUGGCUCAACCGAGGACUCCGACUCAAGUAGCGCCAUAUUCUCAUCUGUUGUUGAAGCGCGGCUAUGGUUUUUGACGCGGAGCAAGCUGAUUGAUGCUUUGGCUUGCAGGAGCUUGAAGUCAUUGAGCACUUCCGGUACAACGGAUUUUGGAUUGCACGAGAUGCUAGAUGAAUCAUUGGACGAUGCGGGAGAUGUAAUGCUGGACGGGGAUGAGGCCCCAAUCUUCGACGCAUAUGGCGAUGCAAUGGAGCUUGAUGAGGCCAAUCAUUUGGACCUAUUUCGGGAGCACUCUCUAGGUGGGAUUGACGACGAGGAAGAGGAACACUUGGACGACGACCUUCUCUGGAAACAUUCCCGGGAUGAGGUUGCGUGUGACGGGGUGGAAACCCUGGACAACAAUACCGCCUCUUAUGUGCAUGAUGAGUCCAAUGCCAAGCUCUGCGGGGCAUUUGCAUUCGGGUCUGGGGACGAUGUGGUAUGCUGA